UCUUCCAAUCCAGACAAAAGAAGAGGACGACAGAUCCGCGGCGGCGCGCACUGAGCAGAGCAUCUGAGCACCUUGGAGACUCCACGGGUUUGAUCCGACGCGCAAGAACGCACCGGCACAUCGACACACACGCCCCCAGGUCCACCUGAAACAUCCAAGGCGGUUCAUUGUCCUGUUUGAAGGCAGAGGAAAGAGAGUUUGAGACCCGGUUCAAUCGCAGCCAGAACACCGUGUUCCCAUGAUGUCAUACCUGUGGAUUCUGCUAUUAGGAAGCCUGCUGGCUGCAAGCGCCAAGGCACAAGAUGUAGACCCAGCAGAGGACGCAGCAGCUUCUGUAACUACGGCCCCUGAAGUAGACGCAGCACCAGAGGCUAAGGAAGAACCUGCCGCUGACGAGAAAACUGACAAUGCACCCGAGGAAACACCAGCAUUGACAGUCGAUCCUGAGCCCGUUGAUGAGAAUCGAGCCGAUGAAUUUGAAAUUGACGAAGCAGUGACUCCUGCUCCAGGAGACACAGAGGCGGAAGCACCUGCGACAACACAAGAGCCUGCAGCUGAGCCAGAGGUUAAGGAUCCUAAUGCUGAGGAAGCUACUGGAGAGGAGGAAACUACCCCAAGCACUGUUGCACCACCAGCUCAGGAGGAGAUUGAACCUGAAGCCACACCAGCAGCAGAUGUAGAUGUAGCAGAUAAUAAGGAAAACCCAACAGAUCCUGCUGCUGACGCACAAACAACAAACACCCCCGUCCACGUCCCUACAAAGCCUGCAGCUGAGCCAGAGGUUAAGGAUCCUAAUGCUGAGGAAGCUACUGGAGAGGAGGAAACUACCCCAAGCACUGUUGCACCACCAGCUCAGGAGGAGAUUGAACCUGAAGCCACACCAGCAGCAGAUGUAGAUGUAGCAGAUAAUAAGGAAAACCCAACAGAUCCUGCUGCUGACGCACAAACAACAAACACCCCCGUCCACGUCCACGUCCCUACAAUUGAAGUGAAUGCUAUUGUUCCUGUGGUGGAAGGAGAUGUAAGCUUUAACUUGGAUGACGCUCUGGAUUCAAACCAAGCAGCAGACAACUCAGGAAAAAGCCGCAGUUUUGAAUCUGGGGCACAUGCUGCAGGCGCCAAAGGAGAUGAAGCCAAACCUGAAGCACAAGAGUCCAGCUCCGGGUCUGUAGUAGGCAUCCUCUGUGCAGUUGCUGUGGCUGUAGUAGGAGCAAUCGUUGGAUACUUCACCUAUCAGCAUAAGAAGCUGUGCUUCAAAAACAGACAAGAAGCGGAUCCAGAAGCUGCACGCAAAGCUGAUACCACAGAGGUGCAGUCAGAUCCCCAGGUCCUUAGCAACCUGCUAAACUCCGCCUAGAUCAGCAAUGAUCACAUGACAGCCUGGACCAACCACCGGCAAACAAAGCGGCAACAAUCUCACUGUCAGGCUCUACCUUCUGCAGAGCUAAAUUACUGUGAGGCCCCACUGUAGGGCUCUGUGUGUGUGUGUGCGUGUGUGUGUGCGUGUGUGCGUCCGUCUGCACUUGUGUGUUCAGUCUUGUGUGUGUGCAUAUAUGUUGGGAGUAAAUAUAUGUGAAUCUUGGGGGUUUAAUGAUUGUUAAAACAUAGGAAUUAAAUUAAAACUUGGACUAACUUUCCACUUUAAACCAAAUCCAAACAUUUUUUCAAAGAGUGGACAUGAAAGAGAUUCAAUCUCAAAUUAACCAUCAAAUGGCUAAAUUAUAGAAAUACCUUUUUUUUAUAUGGAUACUAUCUAGUUCUAGUAAUUCAAUGUGAAAAUAAACCAGUGACAGUUAUUGAUGUUGUAGAGGUUUAACUUUGUACUGAAUUCUUAAAAGUAGAUUUUGUUUUCUGCUAAUUCUGUCAUUGUUUGAGCCAUCAAUAUGGUUUUGAAAAUCCACUGGCAACAGUCACUUAAGUAAAACAUAUUUUUCUUUGUGUAAUUGUCUGCAGUAAAAAUGCAGACUAGAUGGUGGCUUCAAUAACUACCACUGUAUUUACUGGUCAGGAAGAAUAGUUUAGGACUAUAAUCCUAGGAUUCAUGGUCCUAUGUGUGUUUGGCCACUGAUGUCACUGUAUGUGUGUGUUUGUGUUUGUGUUUGUGUGUGUGUGUCUUUUUUUAGUUGGUGAAGGGGCUUAGUUUUAAAUCCUGUUGGGGGACUGACCACUUCUCCUCACUCAGUUCAAUAAAUCAGAGUAAAAUUUCCAAUUAAACACAAAAAAAUCCAAAUGAUACAAAAAUAUAUUUUAAAUUGAUUAAACUAUUAAAAUGCACAUAAAUAUUUUGACAAUCUUAUAUGAACAUUUAAAAUGAUAUAUAUACAUUUUAAAAAUGUGCUGAAGUGAGUUGAAGUGAAGUCCAGCCCAAUCCAGUUUCUGUCAAUGGAUGAAUGAUCACCUGACAUGGACAAAUUCAAAGCGGUCAUGUAGUAACGUAUUAGACAUUGUUCUGAUGUAGUAUGUGUCCGUCUAGUUGUGAUGCAGUAAUUUCUCCUCUAUAGUGCCUUUCACUGACACAGCCUGGCUUGACCAAUCUACCGACACACAGGGAAAAGAACAAUAAAAGUGAAAACAGGCAAAAUAGUAGUUGAAUGUAUCAAAAACAUACUAGACAAUUGACGAAUGUAUGAUCUUAAUUGAUUCAUAAUCAUUUUAGUGGUUGAAAAGCCUCACCCUGAACUGCUUGUGUAUGUGAAACUGUUACAUUAUUGUAACAGCUGCUGUAUAUCUGUUUGCAGUUUUAUUUUAUUUAACUAAUAUUGCAUUCCAAACUCUUUAAACAGCCUCACAUUUCAGCAGUAAAAUCCUCAUUGUGUGUCUCUUUAUUUGAGCAAGCCAGUUGCUGUCACAGUAUUUUUGUAUCAUUCAUAUUUCCAUGUUAAAAACACCAUUCACCUGUGAUUUUUUAUAUGAAUUUUACAUUUAGCAGCAGUCAACUUGUUUGCUGUGGUAUUUUGUGAUUAUUAUAGUGAAAUAGGCCCAGAAACAGCACUACAGCAUUAAAAAAGAAAAGCCUAACAUUUCUUUUUUUGCGGCUGUAGCACAACACAUAUUAACUUCUGAAUGUCUUUUUGUUGCCUUGCAGUUUUGUACUUGCUCUGCUCCUUUUAAACCUUGACAUAGGGUUAUAAAGUUUGUAUAGUGCUGCAGCAGUUUAUGUAAAGUGUGUUACUUGUAAAGCACCAUAUAGCUGCAAUACAGGACAGAGACUGUUGCUAACAGCCUAGCCUCAAGAUGAGAAAUAUAAUAGUCUGUGAUGUCACUUAUCGACUAAUCCUACUGUGUAAACUGUGGGCUGGACGCAGGGCCAAAGAUCUGUUUAUAAUGCCUUUAUCUUGUAAUCUGUGAUAGACUGAGUUUCUCUUGACACAUUGGAACCAAGUGGAUAGUGUGUCUGAAAUCUCUUACUGCAUCUGCUACAAUGGCAUGGAGUGAUAUUGCACAAAAUGCUCAAUAAAUAACAGUACAAGCUUUCAGAUAUAGUCACUGAUGCCUUCAAAACAAAACAUCCUCCUUUUUAAUGCAGUACUCACCUCCUCCUUUGUGCACUCCAAUAAGUGCUAUAGGAAUCAAACAUUAUGGUCUACUUUACAUUAAGCUCCAAGCUGUCACAUUCCUUGUAAGCAAACUAUUGAAGCAUUGCAUCCAAACCAGAAUGUAAAGCCAGGGACAUUGUAGACUUAUUGGGUCCUGAAGUGCACUUUCCAGAUAAUGCUAAGGCAUCAAUCGUGGCACAAAGACAGUGCUGACCAGUCCUGCCUUAUAACGCUUCUUGACUAUUCCAGAGAGGAAAACGAACAAAAUGUCAUCAUCAGAAAGUAAACAAGCAGAGAUGUUUUGCAGGUGAUUUUAAUAGCACAAUCUCUAUGGGAGAAGCACUUUCCUAUCCUGUAUACAUCUUGAUUUGAUAAACAUAUUUAGACAAUUCAUUUUUGAUUUAGACUAGUGUCUCCUUUUUAUUUAAAUACUCAGUUUUUAUUUUGUGUAGGAACUUUUUCUUUCUUUUUUGUCAUCUGGCACUUGUGUUGUUCUUCUGGAAUUGUGUAAAUAAUGUUUGAGGAGUCAAUUAAACCGUUUUCGUGGGA